AUGGCAUUGGGAGAGAAGAAUGACUAUACAUCAGUAGAAUAUGCUAUGCCAAUGCUUGAGCAGCAUGGCGCUGCUCUGACCGAGUUACUCCAGGGUGCUCCACUACCCCACGUCCCCUUACCAAAGACUCCAUCCUGUGGCUACGAGAAGCUCAGAUCAAGAAAUCCACAUGCCAGAAGAUCAGUACCAGUGAACAGCAUCAAGACCCUUGACACCCUCGCAGCUGCUGCUCCUGCCAUGGACACUCACCCAUUCAGGAUUGUGUUCAACAACACCUUUUUAUCGACAUCCAACAGCCAGACAUGCUCAAGUAUUGGCCAGACCGUCCAAUUAAGUAAUGACCAAGGAAACCUCCAGAACUACGUUUGCACUGCCGCCGAUAUAUUGACACCAGGCUUAAUCAACUUGAUUAAGAACGUAUUGUUGCCACACGUGACCGAUACCUACGGUGACGUACUGGAGGUCAAUGGCCCCAACAGCCACCAGGGAAGCCAGCCAUACCCGAACUGUGCCGGCGAGGACUACACCAUUGACAUUAGCAAGGGUUUCGUCGGAGACUUUAUGUACUAUGUAACAGCUCAUCCCACUCUGGACGCUGGUGUCAUUGCCUACGCCACCUCUUGCCUGAUGAGAUCAGACACUGGUGCACCAGUUGUUGGACUAAUCAACUUUGCGCCAAUGUACUUUGCCAAUUUUGCCAACACCUCUUAUGCCAAGACUAACCAGGCCGAGUGGCAAACAUUCUUUGCAGUAUCACUACAUGAGGCCACCCAUGCUCUUGGAUUUGCUUCGGACAUGUAUGACAAGUUUAUCACGGCCACUACUGCAAACCCACCUACCACCACCGUAGUGUCAAAGGAGGUCAGCCCAUCUGGAGAGCAGUACAGCGUCACAAAGACAUUCCUUCAGACCCCAGCCGUCAAGUCAUUCAUUCAGAAUCACUAUGGAUGUGACUCAAUGCCGGGAGCUGAGCUAGAGGACAAUGGAGGUUCUGGAACAGCUGGAAGUCAUUGGAGUGCCCUCCGCAUCGGAGAGGAGCUAAUGUUGGGCUAUGCCCAGGCAUCUGCACCACUUACAGGAUUGACCCUGUCACUUCUCAAGGACUCUGGCUGGUACAUCACUCAUCAGACACAGGAUGUGAAGCCGUUGGUCUGGGGUCUAAAGAAGGGUUGUGACUUUGCCCUUAAGCCUUGCUCAGCGUCAACAUGGAACUUUGACGGCUACUGGAACUCCAACGUUACUCUUAACAAGCCUUUGGUGUCCUGCACUGCAACUAGAGCUGGUGUAGGUUAUACUGCCAUCAUUUCCAAUAAGGAAGUGACGGCCAACCCACAAUUCCAGCACUUUGCUGCUGACAAUUCAUGGGGUGGUGCCAGCGGAGGACUCUUCUCCUUCUGUCUGUUCAACUCUGCCGAGACCUUCCAACAGGCCUACUACUGUUUCGAUACCAACCAGACGCCAAACGCCCUCGGAGAGGUAUUUGGUGAUAGCUCUGCAUGCUUCCUUUCGCCAUCAAACAACAAGCUCGUGCCAACAUGUCGUCCACAGAGAUGCCAGGACAAGCAGCUCCAGUUCCAGGUCGAUGGCAAGUGGUUCACUUGUCAACAGCCAGGAAUGAUUGUCGAUGUCAGCUCAACUGUCUCUGUUCGCUGCCCUCAGGAGAGCAACGCCCUCUGCCAGAACCAACAGAACUCAUCCACCUUUGUCCAAGUGAAUGGAAUGCUCAUCGUCUUGUUUGGUCUUCUCGUUGCAAUGCUCCUGCUUUAA